CUCAGGCUGUGGUGAAUGAGAUUGAAGAAGAGUUCUUGUUUUGUAUCUCAGUUUCUCUCUUUUUGGACAAAUUGAAUUUAAACAAAUACUACGGAGAUCUCAGACUAAUCAAUGGAGGAUAUUUGAAUAUUCACAUCAAUUGUAUCGGUGAUUCGGUAGAGUAUUGGGUUGUUUGUAAAUAUUUCAUUAUUAUCUGAGGAGAGGACUGCUGCUGUUCAUGUGAGUGAAGGCGGCUCUUUUAAUGCUUCAAUUGGAUGGUAUUCAACCUGGAGACGGUGUGAAGGCUGAACGUUCCCCCGGACUGACUGGCACACUGACUGGCUCAAUGAUGGAAUUACAAACGUUACAGGAGGCCUUGAAAGUGGAAAUACAAGUUCAUCAGAAACUGGUCACCCAGAUGAAACAGGACCCACAGAAUGCUGAUCUGAAGAAGCAGCUCCACGAACUUCAGGCUAAGAUCACAGCGCUUAGCGAGAAGCAGAAAAGCGUUGUGGAGCAGCUGAGGAAGGACCUGCUGGUGAAACAGGAGCCAGAGGUGAUGGUGCAGGUGCCGGCUGCAGACAAACACGUCCUCCAGAUCCCCUCCUCUGCCACUCUGCUGGCCCUACAGCAGACCACACACACCCAGGCCCUGCAGCAGAAGAUGCUGGCAGUCACCCCAGUCAUCACCACUAAGACUCUACCUCUAGUGCUGAAAGCUGCCACUCCCACCAUGCCUGCCUCUGUCGUGGUGCAGCCCCCCUCCACGGUCACUGCCAUCAGCCACACCUCCAAGCCCGGCGCCAUCAUCUCUGACAACUCCAUCUCCCGAAACACACCAGUCAACCUCCAGGUGGCCAGCAGGUUGAUCAAUCAGGGUUCAGAGUCCGUGCGACUGGUGUCAAAGAAUCCAGUUGUGGUCCGGGCGAAGCCCAACAGCGUGACCAUCGCCCCAGCGCCCCUUCGGCCCAUGAUGACGGCGCUCCAGCUGCUCCAGCGGGGCCCGGUGAUGCUGACCAACAAGCUGAGCCCCUCCUCGCUGCCCUCCAGCGCCGGGCUCAUCCACCAGGUGCGCAUCAUCAAUGGCCAGCCCUGCGCCGCCAAGAGCGGCCAGCCCACAGGCAUGUUGACGGGCAUUGUCAUCACGGCCCCGGCAUCGGUGCAAACACUGCAAAUCAGCGGCCUCGCCUCCGACACCAAGACUGUUAAAGCACGGGGGGGAUUUGGGCAGAAGAUGUUGGUGAGCAGGACCCCUCUGUCUCCAGCACCCAGACUAAAGAGAGAGGACAAUCCUCAGAAGCUUGCCUUCAUGGUGUCCCUCGGACUUGUUACCCAUGACCAUUUGGAAGAAAUUCAGAGGAGGAGGCAGGAGCGUAAGCGAAGAACAACGGCCAAUCCGGUGUACAGUGGAGCUGUGUUUGAGCCUGAGAGGAAGAAGAGUGCAGUGACCUACCUCAACACUCCGCUCCACCAGGGCACCAGGAAGAGAGGUCGCCCUCCCAAAUACAGCAGCGUUCCGAAGCUGGGCAGCCACACCCCGACCUCUCCCUCCAGCUGUCUCACUGCCUCCCCGGCCUCCGAGUGGCCCAACACAGGGGGGAGCUUCCCCUUCCAUGUCCAUCCCCACCACACUCUCCCCCUGCCCAGCCCCAGCUCUGGGGAUGGAGACAUCCAUGAGGAUUUCUGCACUGUGUGCAAACGCAGUGGCCAGUUGCUCAUGUGUGACACAUGCUCCUGUGUCUAUCACCUGGACUGCCUGGACCCACCCCUGAAAACCAUUCCUAAAGGCAUGUGGAUCUGUCCCAAAUGUCAUGAGCAGAUAUUGAAAAAAGAAGAUUCAAUUCAAUGGCCAGGAACAUUGGCUAUUGUUCAUUCCUAUAUCGCCUAUAAAGAAGCUAAAGAAGAGGAGAAACAAAAGCUAAUGAAGUGGAGUGCUGAGCUGAAACUGGAGCGAGAACAGUUGGAACAAGGGGUCAAACAACUCAGUAACUCCAUAACGGAAUGCAUGGAGACCAAAAACACCAUCAUGUCUCGGCAGAACGAAAUGCAAGUUUCGUUGGAGAAGGUCAGACACUUGGUCCGCCUCAUUCAGGCUUUCAAUUUCAGUCAAACCGUGGAGACCGAGGGUACAGGUGCCUUCACAGAAGACAUCACAGAAGACAUCGGGGCCAAGGAUGCAUUUGUCCCAGCUGAAAAUGCAGUAGACGCCAUUAACACCCAUGCUGUAGCAGAAGUCCAUAUCCAGUCUGUGGAUGGGGUAAAUGCCGAGGUCACAGCACUGAACAGCACCAAUGUUGAAGCCGGGACGCGGGUUGUUGUAGCUGAUGUUGCCACAGACGAGGUAGCAGGAGUCAGUGCUGAGGCUGCUGUUGACAUCUGCGUUGAGCCUGCUGCCGAGGUCAGCACCGAGACUGCAGUGGGCAGCAGUGUUGAACCUGUGGCUGAGGUCAAUAACGCUGAGGAAGUGACGGAAGCCACCGCAGUAGUCGGUGCAGUGAACUCUACAGUGGCCACAACCAAUGCUACCACUGACCUUGUGUGUACUGACAUGAGCAUGGAUGAGAGCUGUACUAACAACACUAACACCAUACCUGAGAACAAGGUCACCAACACGAACAGCACAGAGGAGGUGAUAGAAGAGGAACAGGAAGAGAACACAAACAUUGACAACAACAGCAAAACCUCAGAACCUUCCCAGCAAUCUUUGCAAGCUCUUCUCGACAGUUUGGACAAUAAAGACUAACACUCCAUCUCUUGGAUUGAAAACCCCCCCAACAUAAAAAAGAAGACUUUAGCUUUCACUUUUGAAAGGUGACCGAAAUUGCCAAUCUAUAUACAUACUUGAUUCCAAUGUAUAUUCAGACUGUGUAAAUAGUAGAUCUACAGCCCAAGUCUGAUAUUGCUAUUGGAUGCUGUAGGUUAUCAUACCCCAAACAUGGGUGAAAGGGUGGCUUGCCAAUUUAAGGAUAGAAAAGAACAGUAGUAAUGGUAAAAGUAAGAUAAUUUAUAACAUCACACCAGUGCGUGCCUGCAACAGUUCCCCUCGGAACUCUCAUGGGGGUUGUAUCUUAGGUUAUCUUCUGUUCCUGGGGAUGCAGGUUAGAGAUGUCUAAAGACUGCGUGCUGAACAGAGACCGCGUUUCUACGGCAUUAACUGAGAGCAAAGUAAAACCAAAAGAUAAGCAAAAAAGCUGAGGGGGGCAGGGCUUUGAAAAAGUGUCAGUAUUUGUUAACAGUGGGGAAACAUUGAGGUGUUUGAUCGUCGUUAAAAAUCAAAUAGGUAAAACAGGAGCGCCUUCAGUUAUCCCCAAUACCUUCCUCCCCUUUCCCCAUUCUCACUCUUACAUGACCAAUAACUAUGGACCCAUUUACACAAAACCUCAGGCAAAAAAUAAGGAAGUAAAGCAGCAUCCAUGUGCUUUGGAAGUAUGAGGCAAACUGCUUAUAGAGCUGGCUGGUUAGGGCCUUGCUGAGGAAGACCCAGGCAACAAAGACGGUCAUCUCAAGAGAGAGUGGAGUCAGAUCACACAUGGUAUCUUAAAGUUUUAAAAUGGUGUAGAUCCAGUGCAGUAAUUGAGUUAAAUUUGUGAGUCAGUGUCAACUGUGAGCACUAAAUGUGAAAUUGCAAUAAUAUUGCAUUGUCAAAAACAAACACGCAAAAAUAUAUCUGCAGUGUGUUUCUUUUAUAGGAUAAGAUAUUCAUUCAGGUCUUCCUAGUCUUCAAAAGUAAGUGCAUUUCUGUUGCAUAAAACAGUUGUUUGUUAAUAAAUGUUUUUAACUGGCAUAGUUUAUGCAUUUAAUUAUCUUUUAAAAAGAGGUGACCUUUGCAUAUUAUGAAAUGUACGUUUUUGUUUAAUUCUGAACUGCCAAAAUGCUAUUGUAUCCAAAUAUAGCAGGGACAUGUCCACUAACUGUAUGGAAAGAUAAAGUACGAAAUGUAUUAUUCAAUAUCAUCUUGGGAAUUGGCAAUCCCUGGUAAAUAAUUGCUUAUUCAACAAUCUCAUCAAAAUAUCUUUAUUUCCUGGAAACUGAAGGGUUUGUUGUAUCAGUCCAUUUUGGUGAUUAAAGCACAAGCUUGCUGCAUAACAAAUAAGUGCUGAAAAGCUUUUUUGUAUGUUACGUAUGGAACAAAACAGAUUAUGCAUUUUUUUUUUGUCAUGUAAUUUAGUCCCCAAAAAAUAUUUUUGUAUGACCCAACUGAUCUUUGAUAGUGAGUCUUCGGCCUUGUACAGGAGAAAUGUUCCCUCUCUCCUACCGCUGGAACAUGCGUGGAUAACAGAAUUGACCCUAUCCCCAAAAACUCAAUAGAUUUGCGCUUUCUCUGGUAUUUUUUUUGUAAUGCUCCAUCAACAUGAACUCAGCAAAAAAAGAAACGUCCUCUCACUGUCAACUGCGUUUAUUUUCAGCAAACUUGACAUGUGUAAAUAUUUGUAUGAACAUAACAAGAUUCAACAACUGAAGACAUAAACUGCACAAGUUCCACCUACAUAAUGUGUCCCUGAACAAAGGGGGUUCAAAAUCUAAAGUAACAGUCAGUAGCAGCAGCAUUAAGUACUGCAGUGCAUCUCCUCCUCAUGGACUGCACCAGAUUUGCCAGUUCUUGCUGUGAGAUGUUACCCCACUCUUCCACCAAGGCACCUGCAAGUUCCCGGACAUUUCAGGAGGGAAUGGCCCUAGCCCUCACCCUCCGAUCCAACAGGUCCCAGACGUGCUCAAUGGGAUUGAGAUCCGGGCUCUUUGCUGGCCAUGGCAGAACACUGACAUUCCUAUCUUGCAGGGAAUCACGCACAGAACGAGCAGUAUGGCUGGUGGCAUUGUCAUGCUGGAGGGUCAUGACAGGAUGAGCCUGCAGGAAGGGUACCACAUGAAGGAGGAGGAUGUCUUCCCUGUAACGCGUUGAGAUUGCCUGCAAUGACAACAAAUCAAAUCAAAUUUUAUUAGUCACAUACACAUGGUUAGCAGAUGUUAAUGCGAGUGUAGCGAAAUGCUUGUGCUUCUAGUUCCGACAAUGCAGUAAUAACCAACAAGUAAUCUAACCUAACAAUUCCACAACUACUACCUUAUACACACACAAGUGUAAAGGGAUAAAGAAUAUGUACAUAAAGAUAUAUGAAUGAGUGGUGGUACAGAACGGCAUAGGCAAGAUGCAGUAGAUGGUAUAGAGUACGGUAUAUACAUAUGAGAUGAGUACUGUAGGGUAUGCAAACAUAAAGUGGCAUAGUUUAAAGUGGCUAGUGGUACAUGUAUUACAUAAAGAUGGCAAGAUGCAGUAGAUGAUAUAGAGUACAGUAUAUACAUAUGAGAUGGGUAAUGUAGGGUAUGUAAACAUUAUAUUAAGUGGCAUUGUUUAAAGUGGCUAGUGGUACAUUUUUACAUAAUUUCCAUCAAUUCCAAACAAACAAGCUCAGUCUGAUGAUGCUGUGACACACUGCCCCAGACCAUGACGGACCCUCCACCUUCAAAUCGAUCCCGCUCCAGAGUACAGGCCUCGGUGUAACGCUCAUUCCUUCGACGAUAAACGCAAAUCCGACAAUCACCCCUGGUGAGACAAAACCACGACUUGUCAGUGAAGAGCACCUUUUGCCAGUCCUGUCUGGUCCAACGACGGUGGGUUUGUGCCCAUAGGCGACGUUGUUGCCGGUGAUGUCUGGUGAGGACCUGCCUUACAACAGGCCUACAAGCCCUCAGUCCAGCCUCUCUCAGCCUAUUGCGGACAGUCAGAGCACUGAUGGAGAGAUUGUGCAUUCCUGGUGUAACUCGGGCAGUUGUUGUUGCCAUCCUGUACCUGUCCCGCAGGUGUGAUGUUCGGAUGUACUGAUCCUGUGCAGGUGUUGUUACACGUGGUCUGCCACUGCAAGGACGAUCAGCUGUCCAUCCUGUCUCCCUGUAGCGCUGUCUUAGGCGUCUCACAGUACGGACAAUGCAAUUUAUUUCCCUGGCCACAUCUGCAGUCCUCAUCCCUCCUUGCAGCAUGCCUAAGGCACGUUCACGCAGAUGAGCAGGGAUCCUGGGCAUCUUUCUUUUGGUGAAGUUAUUUGGAUUUUUACGAAUUAUCUUUGAAAGACAGGGUCCUGAAAUGGGCCGUUUUCUUUUUUUGCUGAGUUUAUUUGUCUAAUGUUUUAUAAUUUGUGGGGCCAUUACCCAGGUUUUUUCCAUUUUUCGACCAAGUCGAUCAUGAAUUUCACCAGACUGUUCAUAAACAUUUGGGGUUGGGACCAUUCAGAAGAUCUGUGAAGGAUCUUUUUUGAGCGAGCCUCAGGUCUUCUCAAUUGAAAUGUAAAAAUGUUUAUGCUAUACUGUUGCAUUAUAUAGAGGGCAACAUGCAGUUGGGUCUUAAAUGAUUUACACCCUUGAUAAAGAUUAGCAAAAAUGACUAUAAAAUAAAUAAUUUAAAUACUGAGCUGUAUUGUACACUCAACAAAAUGGGGAAAUUAUAUGAUGUUAUACUAAUACAAUUGCUCAGAAAGAUUUUGUUUUAACAAGUAAUCUUUUUUUUCUCAAAGGUAGGGGUCAAAAUUAUUGACACCCCUAUUGUUGAUAGCAUUUUAAUACCUCACCUUGUGAGGAUAAUGGUACUGAGCCUUUUUCUAAAAUGUUUUAUGAGUUGGAGAACACAUUUGGAGGGAUCUAAGACCAUUCCACCAUACAGAGUCCUUCCAGAUCCUCCUGGCAGUGGAAACCAGGUUUUGGCUCACAUGUCCUGACACUGGGUAAAGUUCAUGAUGCCGUUGACCUUAACAAGCGCCCCAGGACCUGUGGAAGCAAAAUAGCUGCAUAACAUAAAAUAUUCCCUACCAUAUUUUAUAAUACGUAUAGAGGCAUUCUAAUUUCAACGCCAAACCCACCAAUGUGUGUGGCCAAAGAGCUAUAUUUUCAUGUCUUUACCCAGUACCAGGACAUUUUAGCCAAAACCUGGUUGCCUCUGCCAGGAGGCUGAAACUUGGCCGUAAGUGGAUCUUCCAGCAAGACAAUAACCCCAAGCACACUCCUGAAUUUAUUGACCACAAAAUCAACAUUUUGAAAUGGCCAUCUCAGUCUCCGGACUUGAAACCCAUUGAAAACCUGUAUAUGAAUUGAAGAGAGCAGUCCAUAAGCACAGACAAAGGAUAUCAAGGAUCUGGAAGAAUGCUGUAUGGGAGAAUGUUCUAAUAUAUCCCUCCCAAUGUGUUCUCCAACUAAUAAAACAUUGUGUGAAAAAGGCUCAGUGCUGUUAUCCUAACAAGAUGAGGUAUUGAAAACAGGGGUGUCAAUCAUUUUGAUCCCAACCUUUUUGAGGAAAAAAAGUAUUACUUGUUAAACAAAAUCUCUGUCACUGAGCAAUUUGUAUUAGUAUGAAAUAAUGUCAUUUCUUUAAUUUUUUGACCAUACAAUAUAGCUCAGUAUUUGAGUUGUUUAUUUCAUACAGUCAUUUUGCUCAUCUUUAUCAAGGGUGUCAGUCAUUUCGGACCCCACUGUACAUCAUGUUUACUUCAAUCCAUGGCCAAUCGACAUAUCUUUGGAGAAUGUUUGCUGUUUAAAUAACAGGGACUUGAAAUAAUUAAACAAAUAUAUAACAUUCAAGGGACUACAUCUUCUUAACAUUGCAACAUUUUUUUUAUAGUUAGCAAUAUAAUAAAUAGUAUCUAUAUUUUCUCCUCUCAUGAUGAAUGCUAAGUUGUUAUAGAGAUUCAUUUUUUCUAUUUCUUUUAACCCAUCUUAAUGUCGAAGGAAAAGGGAUAGUUUGACAAAGAUACGCAAUCAACUGCAAUGGCUAUACUGUCUUGUACUUCCUCAUAGAUUGAAUGAAAGGGGUUCUUUGCCUUGUGAGUCUUAUACAGUACUCGUAAGGACAUAUCUACAUCAAGACCGUACAGAAUUGAUUUCCUGGGUGUCCCAUGUUUUUCAUACUGCGUCCCUUGAAUACAACAAAAUAUUCAGACAUUGUCUUUGUAAAGCCUGAACGUAUGUUACAAAGCAACUUGAUCUUUCCCCUUUUUAGGUACCUCGAGUGCCUUUCUUCCAACAGCAUAUUUUGUCUCUUGACUUGCACUGUGACUUGUAUUAUUACCUUACUACACAAACACACUGGUCUAUUUCUUGUCCUAUGUUAUUCCCAUGUGAUUUUAUAUCCACCCACAAAACUCAAGAAUCUUCAGCAAAUAUAUGUAUCUGAAAUAUAGAGCACAAUUGAAUCAGCAUAAGGAAAAAGAACUUUGGGCUUUAAGUUAAGUACGUGGAGUUGACUUUGUUUCAGGCUAUUGGAUAUGUUUGCUUUUUCUACAAGUAGUCUGUAUAGCAGCUGCCUUAAAUGUAUUUUUGUAAUGUAUUUUUUGUCCUUAAAAGGUGAAUUAUAUUUAUUUUUAAUGAUCUGUAUUGGGGAGCACCUGUAAAAUGCAUGGGCAAAUCUCUGUGGUUUCUUCAUAGAUGUACACCACUCAGUAGUUUGUUCAAAUGUCACAGGAACUGGUACGAUAUCUGUGAAGGAUUAUUCACAAACUCUUAAACAGGUGUGACUUUUAGAAUGUUUUUUUUUGUGAUGCACUUUUGGUUGGAUUCCCAGACUAAAAUAUGUGAUGUGUGUGUAAAUAAUAAGAAAUAGAAGUCUGGAUUAUAUCCUUUUACCCAGAAUUUACCUCUCUAUUGUUGAGAUUCUACAUAGGCAUGUUGUGGUAGUCUAGUCUCCUCAGCAUUAAAACUCAGUCAGGACAGUGCCAGCGAUCAUUAUUUGUCCCCUACUUGUGCACCUUUUUUCUUUUCUCACCCAUUCUUUUGUCUCUGUCUUGCCGUUAGCUUGGUAAUAUCAGGUCAUAUGAAUUGAGCGUUGGCCUGUGUGCGUUUGAACAAAUGAAACAGCACCCUGAUUGGAUAGACUUCUUGAAGGUCUAGUGCAGUCAAAAAUGUGAUUUUUCCUGUGUUUUAUGAAUAUUUCCAGUAUGAUGUUGGAACAAUACUAUGAAAAUGAUAAUGCCAUUUUAGUGUAAGAGCUGUUUGAAAAGACAGCCUGAAAUGUCAUCCUGCCUGGUGACAUCACUAGGCGGUAAAGUUAAUAGACAAUAAGGAAGUUUCAAACCUCUGUCAAUAAUAGCUAGUUUUCCCUGUCCGACUCAGACCACUCCCAGACAGUCCUACCAAAAUUUUUGCAUGAGAAUUUGCUCUUUGCUAAGAAACUAUUUUAUUUAUUGCUGAGCAUUUUAAUUGAAAACAAUCACAGUAAGGUACUUGGUUGUUACCUUGAAAUGAUUUGAUAUUGAGACAACUGCUGUAUUGGAUUUCUUUUUUUUAAGGGCCAAUUAGCAGUUGAAACAAUAACAAAGCGUUUUCCAGCCACUGUUUUGGUAAAAAGCUGAGGGAUGGAGCUGGAAAAAGUAACCCCUCUAAAAUGAAUAGACAGAGCUAUAGAUGCCAGGACUGACCAUCCAUGAUAUCAAAAUUGUAGUUUUAAUGUGUUGAGGCUUUACAGUGUUUAUGUUACUUUGUUUACAAACGUUGGAGGAAAACAAGUUUAUUUGGGGUUCUGAUGGGGAACGACAGUUGAACUAAGCUCAUGAGGCAUUUACUUUCUAACUUAUAUUCUUCAAGAAUCAAUGGGUACAUAUCAUUCAUUUAUCCAAAGUCCAAAAAUGGAUGUAGCAACUUCUGAUUGCCCAUUUAAACCCCCUUAGCAGCAGCUUUCCAAUCAUUCCAACAGAAAUUAUGCCAUCUUAUGCAAGUUUUUUUAUACAAAUGUUUAUCAAACUUUUUUAAUAUACAUUACCUUCGGUUUUUAUGUGAAAUUAGUCACUUUUCUUUUACCAUUCUGGCAACAUGAUUCCAUAACUAUAGUAUACAGUGGAUGGAUGUCUCAGUAUAAGAAAAUUGAAGCUUUUCUUACAAAUAAACACCAUUUUAUAUGGCAUCUCUGGCAAUAAUGUUAUUGCUUAAAUAUAAGGCCCAGGGGGGUGUGCUAUAUGGCCAAUAUACCACGGCUAAGGACCGUUCUUAUUCACUACACAACGCAGGGUGCCUGGAUAUACAGCCCUUAGCCGUGGUAUAUUGGCCAUAUACCAUAAACCCCUGAGGUGCCUUAUUGCUAUUUCAGUUGAAGUCGGAAGUUUGCAUACACUUAGGUUGGAGUCAUUAAAACUCGUUUUUCAACCACUCCACAAAUUUCUUGUUAACAAAAUAUUGUUUUGGCAAGUCGGUUAGGACAUCUACUUUGUGCAUGACACAAGUCAUUUUUAUAACAAUUGUUUACAAACAGAAUAUUUCAAUUAUCAUUCACUGUAUCACAAUUCCAGUGGGUCAGAAGUUUACAUACACUAAGUUGACUAUGCGUUUAAACAGCUUGGAAAAUUCCAGAAAAUUAUGUCUUGGCUUUAGAAGCUUCUGAUGGAUGUAUGUCAAGGCAUACCUUCAAACUCAGUUCCUCUUUGCUUGACACCAUGGGAAAAGCAAAAGAAAUCAGCCAAGACCUCAGAAAAAAAAUUGUAGACCUCCACAAGUCUGGUUCAUCCUUGGGAGCAAUUUCCAAAAGCCUGAAGGUACCACGUUCAUCUGUACAAACAAUAGUAUGCAAGUAUAAACACCAUGGGACCAUGCAGCCAUCAUACCGCUCUGGAAGGAGACGCGUUCUGUCUCCUAGAGAAUAACGUACUUUGGUACGAAAAGUGCAAAUCAAUCCCAGAACAACAGCAAAGGACCUUGUGAAGAUGCUGGAGGAAACGGGUACAAAAGUAUCUAUAUCCACAGUAAAACGAGUCCUAUAUUGACAUAACCUGAAAGGCCGCUCAGCAAUGAAGAAGCCACUACUCCAAAACCGCCAUGAAAAAGCCAGACUACAGUUUGCAACUGCACAUGGGGACAAAGAUUGUACGUUUUGGAGAAAUGUCUUCUGGUCUGAUGAAACAAAAAUAGAACCGUUUGGCCAUAAUGACCAUUGUUAUGUUUGGAGGAAAAAGGGGGAGGCUUGCAAGCCGAAGAACACCAUCCCAAUCAUGUUGUGGGGGUGCUUUGCUGCAGGAGGGACUGGUGGACUUCACAAAAUAGAUGGCAUCAUGAGGGAGGAAAAUUAUGUGGAUGUAUUGAAGCAACAUCUUAAGACAUCCGUCAGGAAGUUAAAGCUUGGUCGCAAAUGGGUCUUCCAAAUGGACAAUGACCCCAAGCAUACUUCCAAAGUUGUGGUAAAAUGGCUUAAGAACAACAAAGUCAAGAUAUUGGAGUGGCCAUCACAAAGCCCUGACCUCAAUCCCAUAGAAAAUGUGUGUGCAGAACUGAAAAAGCGUGUGUGAGCAAGGUGGCCUACAAACCUGACUCAGUUACACCAGCUCUGUUAGGAGGAAUGGGACAAAAUUCACCCCUUAUUGUGGGAGGCUUGUAGAAGGCUACCCAAAACAUUUGACCCAAGCUAAACAAUUUACAGGCAAUGCUACCAAACACUAAUUGAGUGUAUGUAAACUUCUGACCCACUGGGAACGUGAUGAAAGAAAUAAAAUCUGAAAUAAAUCAUUGUCUCAACUAUUAUUCUGACAUUUCACAUUCUUAAAAUAAAGUGGUGAUCCUAACUGACCUAAGACAGGGAAUUUUUACUAGGAUGUCAGGAAUUAAAUGUCAGGAAUUGUGAAAAACUGAGUUGAAAUGUAUUUGGCUAAGGUGUAUGUAAACUUCCGACUUCAACUGUAUAAACUGGUUACCAACGUAAUUAGAACAGUAAAAAAGUACAUGUUUUGUCAUACCUGUGGUAUACAGUCUGAUAUACUACGGCUUUCAGACGAUCAGCAUUCAAGGCUCAAACCACCCAGUUCAUAAUUGGAAUUAUCUAAUGGCAGAGGAUUUUAAUGCCGUGAACUAUGAAGUCUCUGUGCAAUUGGACCAUUCUUUUGAUUCAAUUUCUGCCUCCACUAAUGCACCAUUCCUAAUGUUAUUGUUACUUUGGGACAGUGAGUGCAUAAUUCAGUGCAUUGUCCUGUAAAAAAAUAUAUAAUAAUGCACACAAUAAUAAUGCACACAUUCAUUUAAAGUACUAAGCUCUAAAACCAAUACACCAAAAGAAUAUAGCAAAUGUGCAUUUAUAUUUGGAAUCCUUAUGCAUUUCAUAAAUAUCAGCCUCAAAAAUUGUUAAUUUCUGCUUCAGUACAGUGUAUAAGUUCACAGAUGUGAAAGAAAAAGCAGUUGGCAGCUGAGACUCACUCAGAUGUAUGUUAUUGGGCUUAUGGGUUUUACAGUGAAAGUAGUAUAUUUUAUGCCUAACACUGGCAUUUCCAGUUAAUUCCAGAGGGAAUCGAGAGUAGCUCACUUAUACAUUCUCACCAGUGCAUUAUAUAUUCUGUGGCUUUUUAAUAUAGUCUAGAUUUUUUGUUCUUAUGCUAUACCAAGUCAUGAUUGUGGCCUUCUAGUAUUGUUGAUGCAUUUCAUCAUCCAUAAUACUUAUAAUUCAUAUGGUGUGACUUCCCUAUUGUUGUAACACCUUGAGAGUCUUACCUCAUCCACUGUAAAUUCAAUUGGAGGAGUUUCUUCUUUAAGAGUGCAAAAAAGUAUCAUUAAAAAAACUACAUAUUGUGAAAGAUGAUGCAUUGUAGCGAUACGAAUAAAAGGUUCACCUGGUGUGCUGAGUUGUGUAAAUUGCUAAUUACACAAAAUGGAAUAUUUGUAAAAUGUUUGUAUUUUUCAUAAUUUUAAAAAGGAGUGUUUAUUUUUUGACUUCUCUUCUGUUACAGAUCUCUCAUUUGUUUGUUCACCUGACAUUGUGAGUGAUCCGGUGUGUUUCUUACCUCCUGUAUUGAGCCUCUUCUGUGAUUAGUUAUUUGUAUGCGUUGUUUAGAAAAUACUGUAAGAAAUAUGGGAAGAAGUUGAUAUUAGGAGCAUUUGAUCAAUUUGUAUUUAUUUAUUUUAUCAUUUUGUUAAUAAAUUGUCAAAAGCAA